CAGCUGCGGCCGAGAGCUUAAAAGGGGCCGGGAGGGCGCAUUCCCAGGUUUGGUGCCGCCCGGGCGCACGGCCGCUCUUCUGCUCUCAGAAGCGCUCCCGAGGGCGGGCGUCGGGGCUGCCCUGCGCGGGCUUCUUCAGCUUCUGGCGGCGAGUCUUUGCGAGGUCCGCGGGCAUCGCAGCAGGGGUCCCCCGCCCCGCCUCCGCUCCCCCGGAUCCUCGUCUGGGCCGCCAGCGAGACCCGCGCGCAGCCCCGCGCAGGAUGGAGCAGACCGAGGUACUGAAGCCGCGGACGCUGGCCGAGCUCAUCCGCGUGCUGCACCAGCUCUUCGCCGGCGACGAAGUCAACGUGGAGGAGGUGCAGGCCGUGCUGGAAGCCUACGACAGCGACCCCGCCGAGUGGGCGAAGUACGCCAAGUUCGAUCAGUACAGGUAUACCCGAAAUCUUGUGGAUCAAGGAAAUGGGAAAUUUAACCUGAUGAUUCUGUGCUGGGGGGAAGGACAUGGCAGUAGUAUUCAUGAUCACACGGAUUCCCACUGCUUUCUGAAAAUGCUGCAAGGAAAUCUAAAGGAGACAUUAUUUGCCUGGCCUGAUAAAAAAUCCAAUGAGAUGACCAAGAAGUCUGAAAGAACCUUGAGAGAAAACCAGUGUGCCUACAUCAAUGAUUCCAUUGGCUUGCAUCGCGUAGAGAAUGUCAGCCACACAGAACCUGCUGUGAGCCUUCACUUAUACAGCCCACCUUUUGACACUUGCCAUGCUUUUGAUCAAAGAACAGGACACAAAAACAAAGUCAUCAUGACAUUCCACAGCAGAUUUGGAAUCAGGACUCCAUUUCCAACUUCAGGUUCACUGGAGAACAACUAAGGAGCACCAAACCUACAGAGUUUUGCUUUAAGGUCUGCUGAAUGUUUUUGCCUUGGACCAGAAGGCCUUCCGCUAUUUGAUGUCCAGUAAUACACUUAAUUAAGCCAAUACUUAGAUCUGCUGUAAGGCAAAUGCUAAUGAAUGAUAAGGCAUUAAUGAGGAAAUAGUACCCCAAAGUACUGUAGAAGAAAAAUUCCAUUUAAAAAGUCUUGAAAUUUUAAAGACCAAAUCAAAUGCUUUCCUGGUUCUAUCCUUUAAUUCUACUGCAGCAUAGUAGGAGUUUGGAAGUUGUUUUUUUUUUUUGUUUUGUUUUGUUUUUUGGUUUUUUUUUGAGCUUUGGAAAUACUUUGGUCUUUGAACUGUCAUUUACAAUGAAUAUAAACAAGAGUACAGAUAUGAACUGUCUGCUUUGUUAUCUGGUGGACUAGAUGUAGGUGUUUUUAAUAUACUUUGUAUACUCUUUUAAUAUUUUAAGAGAAUUUUUGACCUCUGGAUUUUAUUUUUUCAGUAUUUUACAGCUUCCUUUUCUAUAGGUAAUAGAAAAACCUAAGGCCAUUUUACUCUGAAGGGCAGAGAACUGACUUUAAAAUAUAGUGUACCCAAACCUACAACAAACCAAAACCUGUAUGUAAUGUGUCCCAUGGUCACAGACAAACAUUUUAUACUGCUUCCCAGUUUGCCAAAUAAUUUUAAUAAAAUUUGAUUUGAACACCGUU